AUGGACGACAAGCGACUACCCAAACGACUCUUCUACGGAGACGUCGCGACGGGUUCUCGCCGUCAAGGAGGCCAGAUUCGCCGUUACAAGGAUACCCUGAAGUCCUCCCUGAAAUGCCUGCAAAUCAACCCCACCAACCGGGAGGAGCUCGCACUCGAUCGACCGACCUGGAGGAGGACAGUGAAGGCAGGCGCUGCGAUCUACGAGGCCAACCGUAUCGCUGCCGCCAAAGCGAAACGUGAAGCCCGCAAAUCAUAACUUCGUCCAGGAAGCAACGCCGCCGCACAACCGCUUCCAACGUGUCCUCCAUGUCAACGGACAUUCCGGGCUCGAAUCGGACUUGUUGGACAUCUUCGGAUUAACUGCGCCUCUCGAACGGUACCAACCAUCGUCCCCCCGCCUGUCUUUUCCUCCUCCUCUCCGCCGCCAACUAACCCUGACAAUUCUUCUGACCCACCACUUCCAUCCUCCUCCUCCUCCUCCUCGCCCACUGCUCCAACGGCGGCCGCUCAGGCGACUGUCCCGCGCACAGCAACCGACACUACCACCACCUCCCCCGACUCCAGGGAUGAGGAUCAGAACUACACCUGCCCUCACUGCGACCGCACCUUCACCUCACACAUCGGCCUGGUCGGUCACUUGCGAAUCCAUCGCACAGAGACUGGCGAACCAGUGCCUAGAGCACCAACUUAUAUCCACUAA